GCCAUGACUUGAAAAAUAUUGGGGUCGGCAUUGUCUUCGUUCUUGAUAUUUUUAAUCUAACUAAAAUCUUUGUGUUGAUGAGCGCGUGAAACUUAAACAAAAUGACGCUCACUAAAAUGGACGUGGACCCCGCAAAGGGCGAGGGUUUCCGCCCAUACUACAUCACGAAGAUCGAAGAGUUGCAGUUAGUCGUGGCCGAGAAGUCUCAAAAUCUACGGCGUCUGCAAGCACAAAGAAAUGAACUUAACGCUAAAGUGCGUAUGCUGAGAGAGGAACUGCAGCUGCUGCAGGAGCAAGGUUCGUACGUCGGUGAAGUUGUGAAACCGAUGGACAAGAAGAAAGUCCUAGUAAAAGUCCAUCCUGAGGGCAAAUUCGUGGUGGAUUUAGACAAGAAUGUAGACAUCAAUGAUGUCACCGCGAAUUGCCGCGUCGCGCUGCGCAACGAGAGCUACACUCUUCAUAAAAUCUUACCCAAUAAAGUUGACCCUCUGGUGUCCCUCAUGAUGGUUGAAAAGGUUCCUGAUUCUACUUACGAGAUGGUGGGAGGUCUGGAUAAGCAAAUUAAGGAGAUUAAAGAGGUAAUUGAGUUGCCGGUGAAGCACCCGGAGCUAUUUGAUGCCCUAGGCAUUGCUCAGCCUAAAGGCGUGCUUUUGUACGGACCUCCUGGUACUGGAAAGACCUUGCUGGCUCGUGCUGUGGCUCACCAUACCGAAUGUACAUUCAUUCGUGUAUCUGGUUCUGAGCUGGUACAGAAAUUCAUUGGAGAAGGAAGCCGUAUGGUGAGAGAACUCUUCGUUAUGGCUAGAGAGCAUGCUCCCUCUAUUAUUUUCAUGGAUGAAAUUGAUUCUAUCGGUUCAUCUCGUAUUGAGUCUGGCAGUGGUGGUGAUUCUGAGGUCCAGCGUACUAUGUUGGAGUUGCUAAACCAGCUUGAUGGAUUUGAGGCAACUAAAAAUAUCAAAGUCAUCAUGGCUACUAAUAGAAUUGACAUCUUAGACCCUGCUUUGCUCCGACCUGGACGUAUUGACAGGAAGAUUGAGUUCCCACCACCAAAUGAGGAGGCUCGCUUGGACAUUCUUAAGAUCCACUCCCGUAAGAUGAAUCUAACAAGAGGUAUUAAUCUUCGUAAGAUCGCAGAGCUGAUGCCUGGUGCAUCCGGUGCUGAAGUGAAGGGAGUGUGCACCGAGGCAGGCAUGUAUGCACUCCGUGAGCGCAGAGUCCAUGUCACUCAGGAAGACUUUGAGAUGGCAGUUGCUAAAGUCAUGCAGAAGGACUCAGAAAAGAAUAUGUCUAUUAAGAAAUUGUGGAAGUAAUGUGCUUAUUUUUGUCUUUCUAGAAAUUAAACCUUUAUUAUAAUCAA